CAAAGCCCUAAAUCCCAGCCCCAGACCCUAGCGAUCUCCAUGGCCGUCGACGGCAAAGAGUCGAAGGCCGAGGCCGAGUAUCGCCGGAUUCAGAACGAGUACAAGAUCUGGAGGAGGAACGCGCCGUUCCUCUACGAUCUCGUCAUCACCCACGCCAUGGAGGGACCGUCGCUAACGGUGCAGUGGCUGCCGGAGCUGGAGGAGAUCGCCGGAAAAGACUACUCCGUUCAGAAUAUCAUCGUCGGGACCAACACCGACGACGGAAAUCCCGACUACCUCACCAUCGCUCGGGUCCUGCUCCCGAUCGACGGCGCCGGUUACGAUCGCGGCGAGGUCGGAGCGUUCGCGGGCGACUGCAACAAGGUGCAAAUAAUUCAGCAGAUAAAUCAUGAUGGAGAAGUUAAUCGAGCUCGAUACAUGCCUCAGAAUCCUUUCCUUAUUGCAACAAAGACAGUUAGCGCCGAGGUGUAUAUAUUUGAUUACAGCAAGCAUCCUUCCAAGCCUCCUAUCGAUGGUGCAUGCAAUCCUGAUUUGAGGUUGAAGGGCCAUGGCUCUGGAGGAUAUGGUUUAUCAUGGAGUCCUUUUAAAAAGGGCCAUCUUCUAAGCUGUUCAGAUCAUGGUCAAACAUGCUUGUGGGACAUCAAUGCAACACCAGAGAAUAAGGCUCUUUCUGCUCUUCGAAUCUUUAAGGCAGAUGAAGGUAUUGUAGAGGAUGUUGAUUGGCAUUUGAGGAACGACUACUUGUUUGGCUCAGUUGGUUAUGAUGGACAUUUGCACAUAUGGGAUCUUAGAGAAACAACAAGUAACCAGCCAAUUCAGUCUGUAGUUGCUCAUCAAGGCUUGCAGGUUAAUUGCUUGGCAUUCAAUCCCUUCAAUGAGUGGAUUGCAGCAACAGGUUCAGCUGAUAAGACAGUAAAGUUGUUUGACCUCCGCAGGCUGAGCACUUCUUUGCACACCUUUGAUUAUCACAAGCAGCAGGUUAUACAACUGGGAUGGAGUCCGAAACAUGAGACUAUACUAGCAUCAUGCUGCGCGGGUCGGAGGAUUUUAGUGUGGGACCUAAACAGGAUUGGCGAAGAACAGACGCAAGAGGAUGCAGAAGAUGGGCCACCAGAGCUUUUGUUCUUACACGGCGGUCAUACUAGCAGGAUAUCUGAUUUUUCUUGGAACCCUUGUGAUGAUUGGGUCAUCGCUGGUGUUGCUGACGAUAACAUACUUCAGAUAUGGCAGAUGACCGAGAAUAUCUACAAUGAACCUGAUGAGUUGCCGAAACCCUCUUAAACUUUUGUCUGCUUUUGAGUUGUAUAGUGAUCUGCAGAUCUCCUGUACAUUCUCUCUCACAUACACAUACACACUUAGCUUUACCUAUAGAACAAUUGUGAUGUAGUUUUGGUAUUGUGUGUCUAAACUUACAACCCUCAACCCAGAGUUUUCGUGUAGUGGUUGGGUCCUUCGACAGGUCUAAUAUGUGGCUUUGUCUUUAAAGGAUCACAAAUAAUGACUUCACCUAUAAGAGUAGUUAGGCAACAGUCAUUCGAUUCUAAUUCUUUUGUAUACAUGUACUUGUCGAUGUUCCUGUAAGCAAUGCCCAAAUGCCCAGUAUGUAUCA